UUCAAUCGGAAUGUAAUAAUUAUUAUGGUAGGAUCUUUUGAUUUCGGAGUCUGCGAUGGAAAAUAAUUGAAGAUAUGGAGUUACAUUUAAAUUGAUUUAUAUCUGAAUUGCAUACAAAUGUGUUGCUAAUUACAUGAUAGUGUUGGCUGUCGUUUAAUCAUGUUUGCCAAAAGCAGAAAAUAAAUACAUUAUAGUAAGUAAACAAAAUUAAUGCAUGCUGUACCAGUAGAUGCUGUGCAAUUUGUGGUAUAUACAUUUGUGAUAAUAAAGAUUAAUUAUUAGGUUUUAAAAUUUAGUCUUUUAAAGUAUGAACUCUAUGAUUUCCAAACGGUCGUGAACAAUCUUCAUUGGGGCAAGGCAAGCUGUGAUAAAUGGAUACACUGUCCGGCACAUUGGACCGACCUGUCGGGGCGAAACCGGACCAUUCGUUGACAGACUGGCGAGCGGCAUCCACCUCAGCGGGACUCUUGGAACAGUUAUGUAUGAGUGGAACCCUGGCGGACGUUUACUUCGUUUUCCCGAGCCGCGGGGAGCAGCAGGACUCACUUCCAGCGCACAAGUUCGUACUGAGCAUGCGCAGUGCUGUAUUCGAGGAGAUGUUUUACGGGCUGGAAGCGGGGAAGCAGGAGUCUGAGGUUAUCGUGCGUGACAUCCGGGCAACCACCUUCCGGACCAUCCUUAGAUACAUAUACACCGACAAUGUGGAGUUUGACGGGAAUACUGUGAUGCACGUGCUGUACGCGGCCCGGAAGUACGCACUUGAGCCUCUCGUGGCGGAGUGCGAGCACUUCCUACAGACGGCCAUCGACGUGAACAACGUCUGUUCCUUGUUCAAUCAGGCCAGCUUCUAUCAGAUGGACUUACUACAGUGCAAGUGUCUCGAUUUCAUCUGCAUGAACGCGAACGACGUCUUCCUGACGGACGAUUUCCUGCAGCUAACGCCCCUGUCGCUCAACGAGAUUCUCAAGGCGGGUGCGCUCGGGGUCGAAGAGGAGCUUGACGUCUUUAAAGCGGCCGUCCGAUGGGCGAAACACCACUGUGAGAAGAAAGGUUUCGAACCCACCCCGACCAAUCAGCGCGCUUGGCUCGCGGAGGCGCUUUAUAGAAUCCGACUGCCGAUAAUUCCGGUGGCAGAAUUUACGUCAUUUGUGGUUGAGAGUGAGUUGUUGACGUCAGAGGAACAAGUGCAAUUGUACAAACACAUGACUUCACAUAGGAAUCCCGAUACUGACGAAGAAAUGGCGGAGAAGAUUGGAAAGUUUGACGCAAAGCAUCGACCCGGUAGUGUAUUUGAAUUAAAACUGCCAUUGUCUUCCACAGACAAUAUCAAGAAAUGUUUAACCGCCGCUUGUCAGAUCUUAAUCGUAGCAGACAAACCCCUACGUCUCCGAAAAGUCAGUCUCUUCUAUAGUCCCACACAAUACGAACAGAAUAUAUCAGUGGCUGUGACAAACAUGAAGGACCGAUCACUCCAGCGGCCCCGCCUGGAGCCAGUUCCGGAACGCGGCCCAAUCACUCUGGCAGAGAGUGUCUACCUGGAGCCGAACACGCAGUACAACGUCGCCGUGACGUGCAUGGUGUACCGCGGUGACGUCAAGGCGCUAGAAUACACGGACACGCUGCGGGGAGUCCUAGUUAACAUCAGUAGCGUGUUCAACUCCAUAUCGUCACUGCAUCUAUCCAGGGUCCAUUCCUAGCAAAUAUGUGUGUAGCGAGUACUCGAAGGAUACUUUUAUUGUGUUAAAAUUUUGUAAUAUUCGUUUGUUAUACAUGUAGUACAUGCAAUCAAAUAGUUGCAUGAAUACCCUUCUCGACACAUUAUUAUGGAUGAAUCUCUUUAUUAAUAACAUAGCAUAUACAAUAACGGUAAAACGUUUUGAUUCGAAUAUUUCGACGUCAAAUAUCCUUUGCCCCAGGUAACAUUAUGAAAUUGCGAAAAGAUGAAUGCACUUAUAGAAGUUAGAAUAUAAGUUAUGUAACG